UAGCGGAGUGGGAUGUGUACUCUUCUAGCCGAUUGGUAGCUUGGAUUGAUGGGGGAAGCUGGCAGUUGUCCUCAUAGGAGAACACAUCUCCCCUUGUUGUCUCAAGGAAUGGCUUAUAUAAAGGGCCUCUUUCUCCCUGUUUUGCUUCCAGGUAAGUAGGAACGGUUCAGCCCGGACAACAAGAAUCACGCACCACCCUCCUCCCGGAUCCCUCUUUGCCUUCGUUGCAAUCGACAAGAUGAACGCAACAGCCAAUGCCGCCUCUCCUUGGGCCUGGGAUAUACCGCGACAAUACCUACCGGAUAUCCUCUUGCCUGGUGCUUCUAGUGCCAAGGUCACACAGCUGCUAGCCCUUUGCCUGAACAGCUACACGCCAUUAGUGUGCCUUUUUGGAAUGUUUGCCUUUUCCAGAACAUAUCUCAGUCAUGUACGGCUGUGGGUCGAGGAGCAUCUCACUUCAACGGUCUAUAUCAAGCGGUCAGACGAGGCGUACGACAUGGUUCUAACCUGGCUUUCAAACCACAGACUGGAUAACGCCGCACGCUCGACCAUCGCUCGAGUAGGUUCGAAGAGAGAUGCCCCAGACGAUCUCGUCACAGACGUCAAAAAGCCCCUCAGCUUUUCUCCUUGGAACGGGAGCUUUCUAUUUUGGUUCCAAAAACACCUGCUCUCCUACCGAACUGAGCUCAGAGAUGCUGGAUUUCACAAGGAGGAGGAGAUCUCCGUCACUUGCGCCGGCCGAUCAUGCAGUAUUUUGAAGGAGUUCCUUCGCGAAUGCCGCAACGAAUACUUGCAUGAGGUCAGGAACAAGACCACGAUAUUCGAAAACCGUGGUGAUCGUUGGAAAAAGGUAGCAACGAAAAAGAUCAGGCCAUUGUCGACUGUCAUCGUCAGCGAGCAGCAGAAGCAACAGCUGGUUGCUGAUGUGAAGAGUUUCCUGGACCCGGAGACACGGAAUUGGUUUGCGAAGCGCACUAUUCCUUAUCGAAAAGGCUAUUUAUUGUAUGGGCCCCCAGGAACGGGCAAAUCAAGUUUCAGCGUAUCUGUUGCUGGCGAGCUUGAUGUGGACAUCUACAUUAUCAGCAUGCCCGGUGUGAACGACCGCACAUUGAAAGACCUCUUCGCCGAUCUUCCGCAAAAAUGCGUCGUUCUAUUGGAGGACAUAGACGCUGUUGGAAUGGAACGCUCACCAGAUUCCGACGACUUUGACGACGAGGCUCUAAAGCCAAAGAAUGGAGUCACAAUGUCAGGCCUCUUGAACACCCUUGAUGGCGUGGCCUCACAAGAAGGCCGAGUUCUCAUCAUGACAACGAACCACAUUGAGAAACUCGACGAGGCGCUUAUUCGCCCCGGCCGUGUGGACAAGAAAGCGGAGUUCCAAUACGCCGAUGCCGCCAUAACUUCCCAGCUCUUUGGGUUCAUCUUUCAGCAGGACGCUGGAGAAGAUGGAGGUUGCAACGAUCCGGCUGUUUGUGACCUUGCUGCAGAUUUCGCCACUAAGGUGCCGGAACUUGAGUUCAGUCCAGCCGAAAUUUUGUCGCAUCUACUACAAUACAGGAAGUCGCCGACUGCCGCCGUAGAGCAUGCCGAGGAAUGGGUUGCAACAAUGCGACGCGAAAAAGGGCGUCUACCCAACAAGGCAGCAUCCCGACUACACCUUGAUGGGCCGACGUGCAAGAGCGAAAUGGCGUGUGUCUACAAACGACCAGCAUUUGAUGACGGGGACGACGAGAUUGAGGAUCAAUUGGAAAUAUUGCUGCCUCGUCUCAACGCGGCGCCGUGGCCCUUUCGGCUGUUGGAGAACUUCGCGACGAACCUACAGUCCAAGGCCCAAGCCAUCGACAUCCAAAUCUCCAAAUUUUGA